GGGGAGGGGGGGGGGUGUUACGUCACGCAGCGCAGUGACCGCGGCUUCUUGAUACAUGAAAUCCAUCAUUAAAGCUUCUCAGAGGGCGACUGAUGUCAAACCAGGACGACGGUUCAUGGCGUAGAUUGCUGAUGGUUUACAGUGAUGGUUGUUGUUGUUGUUGUGUGGUGGGUGGGGGGGGGGGUUGGGGUGACGACUUGAGGGAAGUGGAACAGGUGCGAUGGUGUGGUUCGCCGGGAGGACGGUUUUGACUGGAACACACCCGGUGCCUGAAGCGCUGCUGUUGGAAAAGCUGACAAAGGAAAUACUUAAUAGGAAAUCCAAAAUAGAAAGAUGCCAGCAGGAGUAAGCUGGCCUCGUUACCUAAAGAUGUUUGGUGCCAGCAUCCUAGCAAUGCUUUCAGGAGCAGAAGUCGUACACCGAUACUAUAGACCAGAUCUGACGAUACCAGAAGUUCCACCUAAACCAGGGGAACUUAAAACAGAACUUCUUGGACUGAAGCAGAAGGAAACUCAAAAGUCUGAAAAUCACUGAAGAACAUUGAGCACAAGACUUGUUAUAAACUAAGCCUUGUAGAAAUUGUAACUGUACAAUUAUGGAUUUGUUUAAAAUAUUUGAUAAAAAUGUCGAGGCUAGAUGGCUACAUCUAUUUUAAAAUUGAAAUGAACUGUUUAGCACAUUAUACUCAGUUACAACUUUACAUUUACGUAGUACCUUUUGUGGCAGGAGGCUGCCCUUAGGGUACUUAAUCAUGGAUUGGCACAUGAAAUAGUAGUGAAGAGGGGAAAGAUGAGUGAAAGUGGUCUUAUUCAUUCAUGUGUAUAAACAGUUUUGGAAAAGCUAGCCAGCCUAUGAUUGCAGCUGAAGUGUCUAUAUUUCCAUGUGGCAAAUGGCUGAAAAGCUUCUCUAUCAACUAAGACUGAAAUAUAUAAACUAACCACAUAUAUUCAAAUCUUAAGAAUUUUUUUAUUAAGGUUUUGUAAAUCUAAGUCACAAUAUUUGGAAAAGUGUAGUAACAAUUUUUAAUAAAGGUAAAUACUGCACAUCUAAAUGUUUCAAAGCAUGACAACAAUGGAUUUGCUUCUGCAGUGAAUCCACAACUGGGGCUGGUACAACAACACUGAGCUGAAGUGGGAUACCUAGUUCCCUGAAUCUUUCAAAUAACAUAAUAAUUUUCUGAUAUUUUGAACAGUGUUCCCACUAAGAUCUUUUCUAUGGAGCCUCCCAAACACUUCAAAAUAACUAACAUUCAACAAAAUCUACUUUUCUUGGCCUGGUUGUAUACAUUAAAACAUUCAGUUGUUCAUUAUUUGUUUGUUGGAUCCUAGAUACUUUUACUUCAUUACUGUAACUCCCUUUGCUGAUCCAGAAGACUUGAAUUAUAUUGGCCAUUUAAGUUUUUCCAUAUCAAACCUAUUCUGCUAUAUCCACCAAUAAGUCUUCUCCCAGUAUUAUGAGCCUUUCAACUUUAUUACCCAUCAACAUCACUGCUUAACAACCAAUGUCCUGGGAUAAUGACACCAAAUUGCUUGGCAACAGAGUUUGGAGGGAAUCUGUUGAUUAAGUCUAAUUAGGUCCAACCUAAAUCAGAAAAACUUCUGUGCAACACCCCAUACGAUUUAGGGCCAAAAUGUACAACACUAGUACAUUAAAGAAAAUGUUUCAUAAGUUUUAUUAAA